AUUAAGCAGCAUCCAACACAGGCCUACUCUUACGACAUGUGACUUUAUUGUUUUCCGUUUUUGUUGAAAGAGUCAUUAACAGUUAGGAGUUGAUGGCAGUUUCAAUAACAGGUCAUUGCCAAGAAAAGGAUAGCACUAUAAUAUGCAGAAAUCUACACAUUCUGAUGCUUCUGUGGAAACACUGAAUUCUACCCGCCAAGGCACAGGAGCUGUGCAAAUGAGAAUCAAAAAUGCCAACAGCCACCAUGACAGGCUCAGCCAAAGUAAAUCCAUGAUCCUCACCGAUGUCGGGAAGGUCACUGAACCUAUAUCCCGACACAGAAGGAAUCAUUCACAGCAUAUCUUGAAAGAUGUCAUUCCUCCAUUGGAACAACUGAUGGUUGAAAAAGAAGGUUAUCUGCAAAAAGCUAAAAUUGCAGAUGGAGGAAAGAAACUAAGGAAAAACUGGUCUACUUCCUGGAUUGUUCUUUCUAGUCGAAAAAUUGAAUUUUACAAAGAAUCCAAGCAACAGGCUCUGUCCAAUAUGAAAACUGGGCACAAACCAGAAAGUGUGGAUUUGUGUGGAGCACACAUUGAAUGGGCCAAGGAAAAGUCGAGCAGAAAGAAUGUCUUUCAGAUCACCACAGUAUCAGGAAAUGAGUUCCUUCUACAGUCAGAUAUUGACUUCAUCAUAUUGGAUUGGUUCCACGCUAUCAAAAAUGCAAUUGACAGAUUGCCAAAGGAUUCAAGUUGUCCAUCAAGAAACCUGGAAUUAUUCAAAAUCCAAAGAUCCUCUAGCACUGAAUUGCUAAGUCACUACAACAGUGAUAUAAAAGAACAGAAACCAGAGCACAGAAAAUCUUUAAUGUUCAGACUGCAUCACAGUGCUUCCGAUACAAGCGACAAAAAUCGAGUUAAAAGCAGAUUAAAGAAGUUUAUUACCCGAAGACCUUCCCUGAAAACUCUGCAAGAAAAAGGACUUAUUAAAGAUCAAAUUUUUGGCUCUCAUCUGCACAAAGUGUGUGAACGUGAAAAUUCCACAGUUCCGUGGUUUGUAAAGCAAUGCAUUGAAGCUGUUGAGAAAAGAGGUCUAGAUGUUGAUGGAAUAUAUCGAGUUAGUGGCAAUCUGGCAACAAUACAGAAGUUAAGAUUUAUUGUCAACCAAGAAGAGAAGCUGAAUUUGGACGACAGCCAGUGGGAGGACAUCCACGUUGUCACCGGAGCACUGAAGAUGUUUUUCCGGGAGCUGCCUGAGCCGCUCUUCCCUUACAGUUUCUUUGAGCGGUUUGUGGAAGCGAUCAAAAAGCAAGACAACAACACAAGAAUUGAAGCUGUAAAGUCUCUUGUACAAAAACUCCCUCCGCCAAAUCGUGACACCAUGAAAGUCCUCUUUGGACAUCUAACUAAGAUAGUGGCCAAAGCCUCCAAGAACCUCAUGUCCACGCAAAGCUUGGGGAUUGUAUUUGGACCCACCCUUCUGCGAGCUGAAAACGAAACAGGAAACAUGGCAAUCCACAUGGUCUACCAGAACCAGAUAGCUGAGCUCAUGCUGAGCGAGUACAGUAAGAUCUUCGGCUCAGAGGAAGACUGACAGAAAAGACAAGCUACUGAAUACGUUCACAUCUGUCUUGAUGCCUAAUAUUUUUACAUUUCUGCAAACAUAUUUCUGAAAUAUUUUUUCCCUUUCAAGCGACAGAUGCCUCAUUUUGUGAAAACUUAAUGAUGAUUUUGUGUUUAAGUUCCAAACAUUUGAAUAAAAUAAUUGACAAUAUUUGCCUAUAUGUGUUCUACAUUAACCCCUUUGGUGCUAUGCCUUCUAGCACUUCUAGGAGCACAUCAUGCAUGCCUCAUGCUAUUAAAUAAUAUGCAAAGAAUAGCACAUAUUCAAAAAAUGGCCUUAAUGCUGCUCCAGGGAAUUGGGUGUGUGGUUGUGUAUGUGGAGAUGUGAGUGAGUGUGGUUGGGAGUAGGGGUGCAUGUGCACACAUGUGCUUUCCCAAGAUCCAGGCUGCCUUAAGCAUGACUCCAUACUGUUACUUGGACAUGGAUAGAACACAAAGAGGUAGGAAGGCAGAAGCUAUUAAUUUGUAAAUAGAAUGAAGGAGAUCAGGUUCACAACCAAAACAGAUAUAUUUCAUCUUUCCAGAACAUUUUUGUAUAUAUAAAUAUAGUCCAGCUAUUUUCAAUGCUAUACUUUGAAAUUUAUAAAUAUAACAUGUUGAAUGGCAAUUUUUCUCAAGAAAAAUGACAGUUCAAAGCAUUUGCCAUUGAAUUUUUUUAUAAAUACAAAUGUAGUCCCAUAAACACACUAUCUUAUAAAUUAAAAGCAAAAUUAGUGCCCUGCAAUUUUGAUCUUUAUAUUACACAGGAAUUGCAUGACUGCUCAUUUUUAAUGCUAACAUCCAUUUUGAAUCUUCAUCAAACUGUAUAUCUUCCUUUUCCCUGGCUAUGUCAUUUUAUGUAGAAUUUUU